ACCCCCUGAGCUGCGACCUCUCCACUCCUACCGCACCCCCAGGCCAAAUCCAAAUUCGACUUGGAUUCGGGUCGGUGACACUCCCUGGUUCGACUCAACUGUGGUGACUCGCAGAGUAUUCGCCCUUGGCCCACCAGCAUGAGGCCCGUUUAGAUCGACUCCCUGGUUGCAGACAGACAUGGAAGCGUCACACCCACCCCCCGAGGGGAUAAUGCUUCCCCCAAGUCCCGUUGGUUCGUCCGAUUCAUUCGACUCGACAUCGUCCGGCUCUGCCGCAGAGCAACCCGGCGAGGCAAAAUGCAGCGAUAACGUCAUGAUCGCUUUGUCGCUCACUCCUGAUCCGCCGGUCCAAACUCCGACUCGCCUUCCUUUUGCCCGUUCCCAUUUCCGAUCACGAUCAAUGGUUGAGGUCCCCGGCCUCCCUCCGAUGACGCGCGCCCACUCGUCCCCAGGGCUGGACUCACGGGGCAGAUAUAUAUUCGUCAACGGUCGCGGCGCUUCAACAAAUGUGGGCGAUCCGGCGGCCAAGCGCUAUCUGCCAUUGCAGGUCACCACUGGAGAUGGCCUAGAAUCCAGAAUGGUGCCCCUGAAUAUCUCGGAGACUAUCUCAGAACAUGCGGAGUUGGAUACUAAUCUUGUCUCCUCUCCCUCUCAAAUUGACUACCACCCUACCUCGCCGGUUUUCUCUCAUACUCUACCGCGCGUCAACCGUCGCCGACCGUCGUCCCCCCUUCAUUUCCAGAGCCCAAGCUCGUCCGUCCACUCUAUGGGAAGUCCGUCCGGCCAUUCCUCCCCUGUGAUCUACAACAUGAGGUACAACGAAUCCUACCCCGGUUAUUCGGCGUCUUCAACCUCAUCUAUACCCUCAACCCCGACAAGCUUGCGGUCUCGUAGCCCGAGCAUCUCGUCAUUGGAAACUAUUCCUGACAUUCCCGACGCUGAAGCCGCUGCGAUCGAGGCGGACCGGAUCGCGGCUCUGAAAGCUGCAGCAGAUAAGGCGGAUGAAGCAGAAGCGGCCAGCAGCGGCAAUCGAAGGCGCGGGGCAUCCGAUGCUUCUGGCCCCUCCAGCGGUCUAAUGACAAUGCGGGCGGGAUCGGUUGGCUACGGACCCCGAGCUGACAAGCGGAAACGUUGGAGUGUCUGUGGAGCAGAGCGUAGACAGGACCUGGACCUGGAAACGAUCUGGGAAGAUUGAAUGCGAUGCAAAGCCAGCAUCAAUUCCUUGCUACGACUAUUAGUCCGUUUCACGGACAUUCUCACACUACGCAUCACUUGGACCAAGCUGGCCGGUGACCCGCCCAUACUGAACCGAUCAACAACCACUAUGCCCGACACGCACGCGGUCCGCCGCGUUCCAAACAUUACCAUCCACAAGGCAAACAAACCCCAACCAUUUCGGCAGAAAUUGCCCUCGUGCCUGAACCUCUCGCUACCUUUGCUUGCUCCCUCUUUUUCUCUAUGUAUCAAGCGCUCAGUUCGAAAAUACCCAAUAUCUUCUAUCGUUUCACGUCUUUAUCUUCAGCGGUCAAACCCACCAAUUUCAUCCAGGAAGGCCGCAGAGUUCGAUAAUCGCGCAGGUCCGUGGAUGCUCUACAAGUCGAGUUUCGUUUCUUAUCCUAUCUGGGUCGUUUUUCCAGCGUGGCGCAUGGUACUUUGAUUUUCAGUUCUACCUAUCCGGGGGCGUUUCGCUUA